AUGGGUGUCCAGGGUGGUAGAGGAAACCCUCCCGGCAUCUUGGACGGCCUCUACGGAGUACAGGUUGGGCGUCGACCCCCACAGGCACAGAGCGACGAUGAAGCUGACCGGACCAGCUUCACUGAUUCUUCAACUUGUCAACACCAAAAUGGCCAUCGAACAGUUACACAACAGCAACAAAGAUUGUUGAUACGUCGUCUGUGGCAGCAAAGGCCGUCAUGCUUGAAGCCAAUCCAUUGCAGCAUCACAUGUGACAAGCAUGCUGGCGAAACCUUUGCAAACGUUCUCACCUCUCUGCCCUUCAUUAUCCUUGGACUGCACACACCAAGGAAGAACUUGAACGCUGCCAUCUACGCCAACUCGCUGGUUGGAGUAGGAAUAGCUUCAGGCCUGUAUCAUUCUUCCAAAGGGGAAGUCAGAAAAAUCCUGAGAUGGGCAGAUUAUACUAUGAUUGCCACCACUACAUUGUGUUUAUCCAGAGCUGUUAGGAAUGAGAACCCAGGACUACUAAUGGCAGCAUCAACAUUGCUUCUGCCGUUUCAGCCUUUCAUGGUUUCAGCAGUCCACACUGGAAUGAUGGAGGUUUCCUUUGCAAAGAGAGCAUCAGUUGACCCAGAGCUCAGGAUGGUACAUAACCUGCACAAGAUGUCAUCUCUACUGGGAGGCGCGCUGUUUAUUGCUGAUGAUUACUUCCCAGAGACACCCUAUAUCCAUGCUGCAUGGCAUCUUGCUGCUGCGAUGGGCAUUGGCACAUGCAAUAAGCUUCUUGGGUGACAUUGGAACCAACCUUGCUGGUGUCAACAAAUAGUUGAUUUCAGUUCAUUGAAGAGCUAAUUUAGCAACUAUCAGUUUGCCGGCAUAAAGAACAGUGUACAGAAUAGGUUGCAUAGAAGAGAAGACAUGAUCAUCUUUAAAUAGACACCAGAAACUGCUCAGGAAAAUUUAGCGAAGAAAAUGAGACGGACUAGGUCAGCUUGUGUAUGUAGUUGUGCCAUGAUUUUGUGUUGGUGUUUAAUGCUUGUUGCGACAAUGGGGUGGGCAGUCAUAACUUUUUAUUACUACAAAAUGGAUAAGA